GCUUUCAGUAUAUUUCUGAAGCGCGCUUUUCACGGCUGUGCAUCACAAACUCAACAGAGAAACUACCUCAAUUUGAAUUUACAUAGUAUAAUAAAAAAUUAUCGUUAUGUUUCAUUCGCAAAAGUAGCGCGCGCUCACACACUUUUGCGCUUAUCAUAUCAGCGGCGCGUUGUGAUGAAAACUUAACGUCGUAUGUAGUGUAAGGCAGUAGACAGGGCGGCAAUUAAUCCUAGUCAGGCGCUGGGUAUAAAUAACUACAAUAUAUAUAUAUGUGUGUGUAUGUGUACAGUAAGCUAGCGCAAGCAUGUUCUGAAGAAAAAAAAUUAAUUAUAUAAAAUUCAAAAAAAUAAAUUCAACUCAAGUGAAUAAUCGCUUCAAGGGAAAUCGCCAAAAAGAACUGCAUGAAAAUUCUUCAUCAGCGAACAGAGAUAAGAAAACCAAUAUAUGUACAAAUGUAUGUAAAAUACUUGUGUUUGUGUGUAUAAGUAAAAUUAAGAAGCAAAUAAAUAAGUGAUAUGACAAAUGAUAGUAAAAAAACGCCAUAAAAAGCAAUUGUGCUGUAAAGUAGAAAAUAGCAGAAUUAUAAUGGAAAAAGUUGAAGACAAACUCACAAAGUCUACAAAAGCGUAGCGCAGAAAUAUACAAAAAUAUUCAAGUAAAUAAAUCAAAAAUAGUAUAUAAUUUAUGUAUGUACAUAAGUGUUAAUAGUUUCGCAAUAACUGGCUGAACGAAAAUUCCGUACGUGUAUAUGUAUGUAUAUGUGUGUGUGUGUGUGGCGCUGUCUUAAAGCUCCAAGUGUCAACAACGAGCGCAAACAUUAGUUUCAUAACAACAAAGAAUUCGCCAUAAAAUAUUAUCAGUGAUAAGCACAAGCAGACAGCGGUGAACACACUAACAACAACAGCAAUAGCAACAGCAAAUAUCGUAACAAUAACUAUAAAAAUAACAAUAACAAUAACAACGUACGCCAAUAGCAAGAAGAUUUAAUUAGUAACCGGCGCUGAAAAUUUAAAAAAACAACAACAACAACAAUGGUUAAAGAUAGAUUGCCCGAGCUGCUACAGCGCUCAGGCAGUGUACUCUCUACUGUCUCGGCAACGAAUGGUGCGGUAUUGUUUCAGCGUUCUAGCAACUCGGACAUCAAAGCAGCAGAGAUGGGUGCACCAAUGGACGCGAUACUCAAUCCGUAUUCGGAGAUUCGAGUACAAUUGGCACAAAUAUCUGCGAAUUUGGAGACAAUGAGUCGUAUGGUGCAAACUAUAAAUAUACGUAAUUUUAAUGAAAAGGAAAUGGACGAGCUUCGCACACAAAAUUUAAAAAUGGGUAAUCAGCUGAUGAACAAAUUCAGAGAGUUCAAAGCGAAUAUGCCACCAGAGAAUGAUUUCACAUUGGAGGCACGCAUGAAACGAACACUUUUCUAUGGUCUCUAUCAGAGUUAUAUACAAGUGUGGACGAGAAAUGAGGAAUUCCUGCAAUUGUAUGAACGAAAACUGAAGAAAAAUCUGGAAAUGCAUUCGAAAAUUAUGAACUGCAACUCUACAGAAGAGGAAAUUGAAGAACUGAUAGCGAAUAAGACAACAAAUCUCUUUGUUGGCAAUAUUCUAGAAGAAACCGAAAAUGAGCGGCGCACACUACGUGAUUUAAUGGAUCGCUUUAACGAACUGAAAAAGUUGGAGAAAUCCAUUGAAGAUGUGCAUGCAUUAUUCCUGCGUAUUCAAACACUCGUAAUGGAACAGAGUGAAACGAUAAAUCGCGUAGAAUUUGUUGCACAACAAGCAACACAUUUUGUGGAUAAAGGUCAGCAUAAGCUUCAGAAGGCAGAGUCACUGAAAAAGAAAGCUUUAAAGAAGAAAUACUGGCUUAUCGGUAUUACGUUGGCUGUGUUAAUUAUAUUAAUAUUAAUUGGUAUUUAUUUAUGAUCCAAAGAGAAAUAUAUUUGUAAUAAAUUGAAAAUAUACUUUGCACUUUUA